GGUACUUCCGUGUUACGUCACAUGUCACAUGACCGGUCUGAUACGAAAGUCGAGGAGCCGUCAUGGAGCCGUACGUAGAGCCACGCGCGGUGGAGGAGGAGGUGCCCUUUGACUGCGUGUCUCGUGCGUACAGGUGUGUUCUGAGCGGGUUGUGUCCCGGUCCACGCGCUGAGGAUUUGGUGCAUGUGAUUCUUUCAGGAAUGUGCGGAGCGUUUCCUGCGGAUUGUUGCCAUGGCGACGCAGUGGCGCUGAGCUGCGUGUGCGUGUCCCUGGUGGAUCAGCUGGUGUCCGGUUCGACGCGUCCCGGAACGGAUCCGUACUUCCGACAGUACGCAGAGCUGUGCGUAACGAAGCUUCGAGAACGUGACGUCAUGACGCAGCUCGUGCAGCUGUUCCAGGCUGAGGACCAGAUUGUUCGCCAUGUGUCCGCAAAGACAGCGUCCACCUGUGUCCUGGACGAGCUCCGGACCACCGGGACACUCUGUCCUGUGUGGGUGGACAGGUGUGUACAGGUCUUCCUUUGCCCCGCCUCCUCUGCUGACCUGGAUGCCUGCCUGUGGUCACUGACUGAUGUGUUAAGAAGACUCCAGAGGGGACAUCGUCCAGAGUUAACAGAGAAGCUUGUGGAGGCUUUUGACUCCAGUGUGUCUUCCCUGUGCUCAUCAUUCCUGGCUGAUGGUCCCGAGGACAGUUCUCAGAGACCCAUGGACUGGAGCAGCCACGGAACCAUGUCCUGUCUGGUUCUGGACCUUCUAGAGGUCCUGUCUGCAUCUGGGACAAGUCUGAGGAGUCAGCGGAUCAUCUCCACUCAUUCCCCGGCGCUGCUGAGGAUGCUCUGCUGCUCCAGGAUGAACUAUUUCACCAAAAAGCAGGUGGUUCUGCUGCUGAAGAGAGCACUUCUGGAGAACCUGGGGGAGGACUGGUCUGUAGGGGGCAGGGCCAGGUUUGAGCGCCACCAUGCAGAUCUGAAUGAACUAUCACACCACGUGUUACAAACCGCCACCCCUGAUUGGUUCGGGCGUGUUGAGGUACAGCCAGCAUCUUUCUUCGGAGGAACCAGUCGAGUCCGAGGUGGUGAAGAACCAGACGGGGUGAUGCUCAGGUCCAUCAGUCUGGUUCUGCUCAAGUCCAUGGUUCUGCAGAUCCAGGAUGGACCAGGUCUGGACUGGUCGUCAUACCUGGACUCUCUCUGGAGUUUCUUGAGGCGUUUCAGUGUUCAGCUGAUGGAGGCGACUCACCGCUGCUCUUGGUUUGCUCUGCUGUUUGGAGAUCAGGAUGACGACAUGAUGGAGGCCGCUAAUGGUCUGCUCUGCAUAUUCCUCCGCCAAAGGUCUGCCUCUCAGCCCGAUGGUUCUUCGGUUCUGGACGAAGCCUGUUCCAGCGGCUGUAACCCUCACUGCAUAUUCCUGCUUCUGCUUCAGAGCGUGGCCUUCGACCACAGCGUUCUCCUUGACUUCCUAAUCUCCACUGAGACCUGCUUCCUGGAGUACUUUGUGCACUACCUGAAGUUCCUGAGGACGGAUGGGCAGGGCUUCACCUCGGCGUGCAUCCGAAUGUCAGCUCACCAUUGUCCGCAGUUUCAUCCCCCUCGCUCCUCCAGUGGUUCAGGUCUCCAUGAGUCAAACCAACCCACUGCUUUGGUGUGUCCAGUGGGAGGAGCUGGUCUGACCAUUGGUCUGUGUCUAGUGGACUAUGAUGGUUCAGAUGAGUCUGAUCCAGAGAACAUGGACGUUUCAGAAAGUCUACUGACAACCAGGACAUCUAUGGACCAGCAUGUGGAACAGAGUGAGUCAUCAGACUCUAUGGGACUGACUGAACCUGGGAAAGCAGCAGCAGAACCCCCAGCUGGUCCAAACCUGGAGCCGCUGCCUGGACCUCCAUGGACCCAGACUACCCACAAAGCCAUCCAGUGUCUGUCUGAGCUCAGGGCGCUGAUGGUUAGACUGCACAUGAAGAACCUGUUCCCUUACAACCCAUCAUCUCUGUUGAAACUGUUGGAACAAGUAGAGACAGAUCUGACAUCGUCCAGUAGAUGACCAGAACCACAUCCUGGACGUCGGGUCACCUGGUCCAGUGGGUUCCAGAUCCUCAGUGAAUCUAAUGGAACCAUCCAGGGCUAAAAGAUGACGUCACAGUGCAGUUCUCUGAAUGUCCACUAGAGGCUCCAGUUCGUCGUCUGACUUGUUAUCACUUAAACCACAUGACUCGGACUCUGAGCAUCAUCUUUGUCUUGUUUAAUAAACACAGAUCCCAUUAAUUUUCUUUAUUUUGACUGAAAAUUGUGAAUGACAGUAUAUGAAACAGUGCUGUGACCGUGUGAUCAUCAGAAUAAUUGAAUAAUUACUGUAAUUGACAUUAAAUCAUCUGGGGGCGGUAGAAUUAUGUUCAGCAAACAAUAGGGUGGGGUGAGGAGAAGUCCAUAGUAGGAGGGGUCUAGUGGUGGGGGGUUUUCACCAGACCCCAUGACCCUAGACCCGGGCCUCACUCUGACCAAUCAGAGGCAGCUGUUUAAUUCAUAGGUGGGUGUGGACAUGUGGCGAAUCAUGGGAAACUGAGUUCAAAGCACAAAGAUGAACAUCUACUAUCAGACACAAAGAAAAUAACCAAAAUAGAAAAUAACUGACCAAU